AUGGCGACGUAUUCGUGCGUUCAAGAGCAUCCCCGACCGGUUUCCCAGAUUAUUCAAUACCGAGGUCGACAGUUACGCCAGGUCCAUCGGACAACCUCGACCUUGUGGGGCUCUCGUUCUGUAGCCGAAGCUCGCGCUCUUAUUGAGCCGCAGAUCACCCAGGAAAAUGAGCAGCUUUUCCGAACCUACCACCCGGCUUUCUCAUCUCAGAGAGCUGUCUGCGUCCUGACCCAGAAGGAUUCAGGCAAGGACAUUUGGGUGAUGCCGGAAAAUAGCCAUGUGCCUUUCAUGAAAGCUGGCGGUCGAGAAAUCCAUAUCCAACCUGCAUUUGAGUCUCCAGUAGAUCACGACAUGCAGUAUUGCAAUAUCAUUUCGGAUCCUAUCCGCCGGGACGUCGACGUCCGGCAGGCUUUUACGCCAGAAGACAUUAAGUGCCUAAGGGCGGCAUUUCCGAGGUCCAUCGGAGCGUUUAUCUACCAGGUUGAGUGUGUGGUUAUCCUCUUCAGCCGUCGGGAUGACAUGUUGCAUACAUGGAACUUCGGUACCCCUCCGACCGUUGGCAGGCUGACAGUCGGGUAUACCGUUCUGGCAAUGCAACCGUCGGCGGCAACAGCGGAGUCUGGUAAGCAGCUUGCGCGCAUGUCGAAUGCGUACGAGGUCUGUGGCGUUUUGGGCCUCAAGAUCCGGCUUCCUGACCACACGGAGGCUAUCACCGUCCCUACCCACGCCUUUGUGAGACUCCCAGGGCCCCCUACAUUCUUGACCCGCGUUGCGUCUUUUUACAAGCGAGUCACACAGUCUCUCACACGGUUUCAAAUCCCUCUACGGCUCCAGAAUCGGGAGGUCGAAGUCAGCACUACGCCUAGCCCCCUUUCCUCGAGCCCAAUCGGUAAGCAGUGCUGGCUAGCGGGCACCAACCGUAGGGUCGGACUUAUCACGCGGACAUAUGAUGACCCAAGCAGCACGUAUCCAUACCCCUCCGGCUACCGUCACGACCUAUCCCUUAUUACCGGCGAUAAACUGAUUGAUAUUCACCCACCGAAGGGAAUUGAGAUGGUGCCAGAAUGGGCUUCAUAUAAAGACGCGAUCCAGGGAGCACCGAUGAUUGCUUGUGUCUUCGAUUAUAUCAAUAAUGAACACGGCCGCCUGCUCAGGGAUAUUCCUAACGAACAAAUCCGGGCGGCUCUCCUCGAGGGCCAUGGGCAUAUAUGGAUUCAGAAUGCCGUUGAUUCUUCUGCUAGCAUUCUGUGGAGAACUGAUGAAGAUCAAGUCGAUGCGCGGGGUUUCUCUGGAAGCGUGUUGUGCAUUGGCCGUGUCCAUGAAAAGUGCCGCCCACUCUUAUUUCAGAAUUUCCAACUAAAAAUCACGGUCUGGCCAGACGGAGAAUGCCAGCGGAACUCAGCGGAUCUUCCUCCUGGCCUCAACCAUCCCAACCCUAUGAUCAAGGGGGGAUUUAUUCUACCAGAUGAGAUCCGCGCCGCAAAAAUCCUCCUUCGAUCAGUCAGGCGACAACGGCAGAACCUAUCAGAUCCUGUCUCGUCGGAAGUCGAUCAGACCGUUCCUAAUCGGAAGCAGUUCAGUGACCCUUUCUGA